AUGCCUAAUACCAAAGAUAAACGUUUUAACAUUGCAAUGUAUCUGAAAGAAAGGAAAGAAGCAAGGUUUAAAGCUGUUCUAAAUCAUCGAUCGCUACCGUUGGAGCACAAGAAAAGCGAGAGAAUUCAAGCCAAGGUAUAGAAACCUAAGCAAUGUAUUUGUUAUUCAGAUAUUAACAUUCUAUUUACUGUCAGUAAAUGUUUAACUUUGUUAUUAAUAUAAACAUUUACCUUUAUGCAGAUUGUAAAAGCAAAGGAAAAAAUAGCUGCUUUGACAUCUGAUUUGGAAAACAAUAUGGUGAGUUUCUGCGACAAAUCAAAUCAUGUGGUAUAGUAGGAUUAAACGCAUUAAGCCGUAAUAUGUCUAUAUUUUGUUAUUUUACUCUGUCUAAUGCCAGAUGAUUUUACUCAUCAAGGUGAAAAUAUUGGACAUUAACCCAUUAUGGGCCAGCGCUCUCCCCUUGACGAGUAAAAUCGUCUGGCGUUAGACAGAGUAAAUUACUAAAGUAGGGUGCAUCAGGGUGCAAUGCGACUCAAUGGGUUAAUUACAUCAGCAUAUUUUGGUUCAUCUAUGCAUUAAUUUUUACAAUUUACAAUAACAGUCAACUAUUUACAUGCACAGGUUAUAUAUACUGCAAAUUUAAUUAAUGAUAUAAAAGAUUCUGGACUUUCAUGCAUGAAAUACCUCGUCAGAUAAACAAUUAUGAUUUUCGAACACUUUUUUCAGGUUUUUUACAAUUUUAUUAUUUAACGACAAUACCAGUACUGCUAAUAUAUUGCCUGCCUGUGCAGUUCAACUAUUUUGGCCUUGUUAUUUUGGCUCGGCAACAAUGGCUUCAAUUACCUCUAAUAUAAUUUGUUCGUGAUGGUAAGUGGGAUUUGAGAUGGGCCGUGACCAUUUGAUGAUCCUAAUUAAUUUGUAUUGUUAGCCCUGUAAUUCUGAGACAAGGACAAGAAAAGAUACGACAUUGGAGAAUGGGGUAUCAAAUAUGCCAAUUCGAACAGCAACAAAAAGGAGGCAGGAAACCAUGACAGCGGUAUCAGCAAUCUAUGGUGCAUCCAAGAAGAAUUUAAAGCCUGCUUAUGAUGGGAUGUUCGACACCCUCCAGAAACGAUGCAAGAUGAAAGAUUUAACAAAUUAUGUAUUAGGUAAUGAGAAUUUAACUAAAACUGUAGUUUCUGAACAUUACAAAAAAGAGUUGAAAGAUUUUGAAAAAUCAAAAGAAAAUGCGGAAAGGAGUAUUGCUACAUUUUACUCCAGUGGUGUCAUGGGCAAGAGAAAAUAUCAAAGUGUUAGGCUUGUGCUUUCAAUGACAUCAAGCAAACAAGGUGGGAGAACGGGCAUAUUAAUUUUUCCAUGCUGCAAGGUACCCAAAAUAUUAACAUAUAAUAACCUUGUAAGAGAGUUGAACAAAAUUGAUAUUGGAAAUGUUUUGGAAAUCAAUAAGGAGUACCUCAGUGACUUAGAAAUGGAUGCACCCAUCAAUGGCGCAUACAGAGAUCUAAGAGAGUACUUGCCACGUUUAGCCAAGUUCUAUUUGAGUACCGAUAGAAAACAUGCUUUAGAAUUGUACGGUAAAACUGAGGGUACAUUUUUAAUAGCACUAGGAGGGGAUGGUUGCCCAUUUGGGAAACAUGAAAGUGCCUGUUGA